CUAUGUUACUUAUGUAUACUUUCCUCGAUACAGUAACAACCAUGCCAUCAUGGGUAUAAAUAAUGCACUAAAGCUGAAAACACUGGGUGGUGCUGUUUGUUUAUGUGGUUCAUUCGUCUUAUCCGAACUCAUAAAAGGUUGGAGGGGGGACAAAAAACAUGCUGUCAAUUAACUGGUGUUUAAUGAAGUAUGAAGAAGGACGACAACGUAGGAGUUGAUGUAAGCUUUGCUUUCCUUCUGCAUUGGCUGUUUUGCGGUUCUGAUGGGCCAAUCAGGAUAUUGUUGCUAGGCCGUGCGCUUCUAUUGGUUGGUUAUCUUGCCUGUCAUUCAAGCAGGAGGCGGAAUGAUGGGCCAAUGCGCCACCCUGCUGUAUGUAUUUAUAGUGUCCACUUAUAGCCGUGCGAGAGCCUGGACGGUUUAUUGAAAGUUUAACUGCUACAAUGGUGGCGACUUACUGUGGCUGAAGUUGGCUUUAAAGAAGAGCGGAGAUGGUCCGACUGAAGCAGUCCUUUCCAGUUCUGAGUGUGAGCUGUCCUGGCUAGACCGUCCAUUCCCACUGCGCUCCUCUGCCGUCUCACCUGCCACUGCUGCCAUGACGCGCUCAAAGACCUUCCAGGCCUAUUUACCCAACUGCCAUCGCACAUACAGCUGCAUUCACUGCAGGGCUCAUUUGGCCAACCACGACGAGCUCAUCUCCAAGUCUUUUCAAGGUAGUCAAGGCAGAGCCUAUCUGUUCAACUCUGUGGUAAAUAUUGGUUGUGGGCCAGCAGAGGAGAGGGUGCUGCUGACAGGUCUCCAUGCUGUGGCUGACAUCUACUGUGAAAAUUGCAAAACCACGCUGGGCUGGAAAUAUGAACAUGCUUUUGAGAGCAGUCAGAAGUACAAGGAGGGCAAGUUCAUCAUUGAACUUGCCCACAUGAUCAAAGACAAUGGGUGGGACUGACAUCCUCGAAACUCCUGUGGACCUAUGGGAAGGAUGCAUAGCUUGUUCUUGGAAACUCACCCACCUGACCUACAUCUGAAGGAUGUGAGAUAUAUAAUCAGUGCUGUGCUAUUCCUGUGUCCACAUGUGUGCAUCACGUUGAGAAUUUGCAUUCUAACUGAGUUAUUGCAUAUUCAGGGCAGAAAACACAGCGCAUGCUUGUCGCACAUCCCUGCUUGCAUUAAGACACUGAAACCAGGUAGCUGGAUGGAAGAGGCUCCACAAAAGGCUUCCUCAAUGGCUGGUCCCAUGGAGUUAAUAAAUUUAGUGCAGCACCUUACACAAGUGACACUAGUGGUUAUUUUACUUGAGACACUAAACCACUUCAGCUGUCCAUUAAAAGAACAGCUGCUCAUUUCUAGUUUUCUUUUCCUUGAUGGUUUGCACAUGAUUUAUUUAUACACAUAUUUAUUGGUCUUGAUUUCUUUAUUUGGUUCAGGAAUAAUGAUCCUCGUGUUAAACCUGUAGCAAAAGGUUGCAUGGUAGCAGCUUUAUAUGGCCUUUCUCUACAGAAACCGUACAGUUCAACAUUUUUAUGUGUGUAGUCAUUGUUGUAUAUGUGAGUCAGUUAUACAUGCAUUCAGUCUGGACUCAGUAAUAUGGAUCAUGGUAAUAUGGAUUUGGUCAUAUUUAUGAUUUGGUGGUGCAGUGUGUCUAUUCUCUCUCUUGCAUCAUCAGAAUUUUCAACAAUACCAUCAUGAGGGUGAUGAUGAUGAUGAUAAUAAUAAUAAUGAAAAAGAAGAAAACAUUAAAGGAAGUGAUUUAAUUAACCUAUAUAAUAAACCCCCUCAUGCAUAACCAAAGACUUCUCAAUCAGCAGUGCACUUACCAAACUGUGAGCUCUUUGUUCAGCUUAUGUUGCAUUUUUGUGUUUAGAUUUCUGGAUAUGAUCAUGUGUUUAAUAAAAUCUUUGCACAUAUGCAUUACACAAUUAUGUAUAAGCACAUUUGGUAUACAUUGGUCUGGUCUAUCAUUAUUAGAUUUCAAAUCCAAAAACAUCAAACAUAGACACUAUGGACUACAACACCCAGACACCACAAACUCCCAUACGUUUAAGUUCACCUAAUUACUGACUGUGCAAACCUGUUAUCUAUUUCCUACACAAACACAAUCAGAGUAUUUAAGGACUCUCAGGACCAAAUUCAGAUUUUCUAAGCCAGUUUAUUACCAAGUACUAUUGUUAAUAUUGAUCCUGUUUCUGAAUUCCUGUCAUAGCCUAGCCCAGUUACAUUAAUGUUUACUAAUGACCCGACCCAGGUCUGUUUAAAUUUUCUGCUUUUCUGCUAGAGUUCUGCUUUAUGUGUUUGUGUUUAUUUGUUUGGUUUAUUAAAGCUCAGUAUAACUGGA